GUCGUAUCGUCCUUUUGUUUCGUGGACGUAGUUUUGUUGGCUCCAGCGCUGGUGGCUCCAGCGUGCUUUUUGUUUUCCCAGCCCUCUAGUCUGCAGUCCAGGCCUCCGCGAUGGCGGACGCCGAGGAAUAUGUGCUGAACGACAUCGACGGAGACGCCUUCCUCGCCGAUGUGCUGGCGGCGAAGGCCGCGGUCGGCGAGGCCACGGCGGCGGACGCGAGGCACCUGCGGGGCAUCGUGCGCGCGACGCAGGUGCUGCUCUACGGGGGCCACGCGCUGCUCUUCCUCGGCACGGCCCGGGCCUGGGGCCCCACCGCGGCGGCUGCCUGCCUGCUGGCGGCGGCCAUGAUCAGCACGGGGCGAUGCAUGAAGUGGGCCAUUGUCGGGCACCAUGUCAUGCACGGCGGCUACGACGGCUUGCAGCGCAGCGCGCCGGGGUGCCUGGAGCCGCAGUACAAGCGCGGCAGGUUUGCGAUCGGCGCGCGCCGCGUGCUGGACUGGAUGGAUUGGAUGCUGCCAGAGGCGUGGGACGCCGAGCACAACAGCAUGCACCACCUGUACCUUUCGGAGGAUAAGGAUCCCGAUCUCGUCGAAAACAAUUUCGAGGUCAUGCAUGUGCUCCCCAUCCCGAGGGUCCUGAAGUACCUGUCCAUGUUGGUCUGGGUUGUCAGCUGGAAGUACACCUACUACUCACCGAACACGUUCAAGGAGCUGCAGUUCGCCUGCUCUGGAUCCUGGUUGUCGAAGCGCUGGCCCGCCGGCACAAGUCGUGAGAAACCCUUGCUGUUGUACUACAUAGUUUUUGAGCACCCAGCGAGGGCGUUAUUGAGGGGGGCCCCUGGCGAGUUCGCCUUUUGGGCGUGCUUCCUGUUCCUGUGGCUCGGUGUCGUCGUGCCCAUGGCGGCCAUGGUGGCGCUGCCCGCGGCUACACCGCUGCUUCUGAGCACCAUGGGCGUUUGGCCUUUCGCCGCGGCACCGGUGGAUGCGGCAUGGAGGGCGCUCGCCGUCGCCUUUCUCGCCGAGUGUUUGACGAACGCGCACUCCUUUAUUAUAAUCGUUUGCAAUCACGCGGGCGAAGACCUGUACCGGUAUGACACGUCGUGCAAGGUAUACAGUGCGGAGUGGUUUUGCCGUUGCGCGCACUCCUCCGUUAACUUCGAGUGCGGGAACGACCUCAUCGACUGCGUGUAUGGGUGGCUGAAUUACCAGAUCGAGCACCACAUGUUUCCAGACAUGUCUCUACUGCAGUACCGAAAGCUGCAGCCGUUGAUUAAGAGUAUCUGCAGGAAGCACGGUGUCUUGUACGUGCAGCAGAACGCUUUAUGGCGCAUGUGGCAAAUGUUCCGCAUUGCAGUGGGUGACGCUAAGAUGAUUAGGUGCACCGCGUUGAUUCCCCCCAAGCUUAAGGCGGCAUGUGAUACCGACAGCCCCCGUACCAGCGGAUAGCGUUGGACUGAUAGGUGUUGUUGGUGACCUCGCAUUGGGUGGUUACUGUGCGCACCUAGUAGUGGCUGGUGCGUGUGCGUUUUGUCAUUCAUGACGCUGCGGGUAGUUCCUGUGCGUUUCGAUUUUCUUUAUGGAGGGGGAGAAGGCGGAG